UUGUUUUCAUUUGGAAACCGCGGCGGACCAGCAGACGUGCAGGGGAGGCUUUGACAACCAUUAAGACUGGUCGUGACGAGAGUAGUGGCAGGACUGAUGUGCACGAACUAAACCUGCACGAGCUUGGGCGGUGGUAUAACACGCGUGUCAGACGACAUCCGCCAGUCACUUUUCGUCGCCAUCUUUAGACAAUCCAGGACGCCAUCUUGACUCUUCGCCACAGAUUUAUGAAAGAUGGCGGAAGUGUGCGUCUCGUUCCUCUAUUUCGUGCUGGGGUCUCUCCUCAUCCCCCUAGCAGCCCUCCAACCGGCCCCUGGAGGGACCCAAGUUGAGCUGAACAUGCUGCAGCCUGGAAUGUCACAAGGGAUGAUGCAGAUGCAGCCACAAAUGCAUCAAGGUAUGGGGAUGCAGAUGAGGAUGCUGCCCCCGGUGAUGCAAAAUAUACAGGGGAUGCAGUCUGGGGGGCUUCAGAUGCAACAGCCGGGGUCUGGCCCACCGGCCUGGAUGACGGAUUCUAGAGGCAGAGCCGUACAGAUGAACUUUGCCAUGGGUCCUGACGUGGGAGCUAGCAUGACUGGAGCCGGUGCUGGAGCGAGCUCUGGAAUUCCAGUGACAGGGGCAUCUCAAGGAGCCGAUGGAUUAGGAGCUAGUAUGGGAGGUGGGAUGGGAGUAGGUAUGGGUGCUGGGAUGGGAGGUGGAAUGGGAGGCGGAAUGGGAGGUGGCAUGGGUGGGGGUAUGGGUGCUGGGAUGGGAGGUGGAAUGGGAGGUGGCAUGGGUGGGGGUAUGGGUGCGGCUAUGGGUGCAGCUGGACUACCUGGCAUGGCCUUACAGCAAGCUCAGCAGCAGGCUCAGCAACAAGCUCAGCAACAGGCUCAGCAACAGGCUCAGCAACAGGCUCAGGCUCAGCAACAAGCCAUGGCUGCCCAGCAAGGGCUUACAGCCCAAGGCGCUCAAGGAAUCCCAGGCGGUGUCGGCGGUGUUCCCCAACCUGACAUGCAAAUGCAAAACUCCAUGUGGGCAAUGGGGCCCUACCCCCAACCAGGAAUGAUGGGGGGACAGUUUGGCUUCCAGUACCCCAUAGCGGGAAACUACCCAGGAGGGGUACCCGGUAUGGCAGCCGACCCCCAGCUCGCCAUCUCCCUCAUGCCGGGGACGACGCCGCGACCAGCUGCCGCAGCCGCCGACGUCGUAGCCAAAGCUGGUAUCGUAGGAACUGUUACGUUAACCCCAGCCGUAACAAAACCUCCCGCGUCCACACCGUAUCCCAAGAUUCUGUACGUAGACAACCCCAAGUUCACAGACGGGAUGAUAAACUGGAAAGACGUUGCUGAUGCUUUAGUUCAAAUUGGCAGGGUCCUUAAUUGGCUAAUGAAGUUCUCAUAUGCGCAGUAACAACGUUUUUUCUCAAAAUUACCACAGUUUACAAAUAAAUACGUCUGCCUCCGUUGCUUUCUCGGUGAUACUGUUCAUGUCUUGGCUGACGAUUUCGGGACAACUGGAAAGACAUUGGACUAUGCGUUGAAUUACUGGACAAUCAUUAACCGAAAUUUAGACCUAUAACCCAUUGGCGGUAAAUGACGUCGAUAUGAGUAAUGUAAAAGCAAGUGCAAGUCUAUGUGUGAUUAAAAUCAUAUUUAUACCUG